UACUUCUUAUCCAUUCCUUGCCAGUAAGCGGAUCUUGAUGCAGCCUGUCUCCGAUACCUGACUUCACAACAAAGCUAGAGCGACACUUCACAUCCUACUAACGAAAAAUAAAGAACAGAAAAAAACAAACUACAUUACUCUGUCCUUUGAAUAAUUACAGAGAGAAAAGAAAUCUGUAGCCGAAUAACCGCAAUACAUCCCCCUGCGACACUAUUCAGAAUACCAGCUCGCUCACCGGGGUGUUCAGCUCAGAAUAUUUAUAUUUCUUUUUUGAAAAACCAAAAUGAAAACCAAAUUUAUCAAUGGGGUUUCUUCUUCCCCCUCCAUGUCGCUGGGUCUGCUUGUGAACGAGAACGCCCUGCAGGUUCAGCCCGACACCGAGGAGGACUGUAAGGAGCUGGCCCGACUUGACCAACCCGACCUGGACACCCGGCGUAAGGCUUAUCUGUGGUGCAGAGAGUUCCUCCAUGGAGCCUGGAAGAGCCUGGCUGAGGACGAUUUCCACAUCACUAUCAUAAGGGGUGGUCUGAGCAACAAGCUUUUCCUGUGCAGCCUCCCUGACAGCGUGGACACUGUAGGGGACGAGCCCAGGAACGUCCUACUGCGCCUCUAUGGGGCCAUCCUGCAGGUGGGAGCCACAUCUCUUAUCACACAGCUGAACGCUGUUAUGUCCUGUAAUAAAGGGGAUUCCCGACAGUCAAACAAAGAAAAUCACUUGCAAGGAGCGGAGGCCAUGGUGUUGGAGAGUGUGAUGUUUGCUAUCUUAGCAGAGAGGGAGCUGGGACCUAAACUCUAUGGCAUUUUCCCUCAGGGCCGACUAGAGCAGUACGUCCCUAGUCGUAAACUGGACACCUGUGAGUUGAGCGACCCCAGCAUCUCAGCAGAGGUUGCAGAGAAGAUGGCCAAGUUUCAUGGAAUGAGGAUGCCCUUUAACAAGGAACCAAAGUGGCUGUUUGGAACCAUGGACAAGUACUUGAGCCAAGUCAUGAGGCUGAACUUCACCAGAGAGUCCCAUCUGCGUCGCUUCAACUGCCUGCUCAGUUACAACCUGCCGCAGGAGAUGGAUAAGCUCAAGUCUCUACUGGAGUCUACACACUCUCCUGUAGUGUUCUGCCACAACGACUGUCAAGAAGGAAAUGUCCUGCUGCUGAAGGGCCGCCAGAGCUCAGACAAACAGAAGCUGAUGCUCAUUGACUUUGAGUACAGCAGCUAUAAUUACAGGGGGUUCGAUAUUGGCAACCAUUUCUGUGAAUGGAUGUACGACUACAACUGUGAGGAGUUUCCUUUCUUCAAAGUUAAUGCUCAGGCCUACCCUACAAAGGCCCAGCAGCUGCACUUCAUUGAAAGCUACCUGCGUGAGUCUGAUCGAGGCUUUGACAACCUGAGUGAGGAGGACCAAAUGAAACUGAAGGAGGAGCUGCACAUAGAGGUCAACAGGUUCUCCCUGGCAUCCCACUUUUUUUGGGGCUUGUGGUCCAUCAUCCAGGCCCGGCUCUCCACCAUCAAGUUUGGAUACCUGGAGUAUGCCCAGGCCAGAUUUGAUGCCUACUUCCAGCAGAAGAAGAUCUGGGCUGUCUAAUGGAGAAAAAUGAUUGGAUGGACUGACUACAUGCUCAGCCAAAUGGCAGGAAGAGGACAUACAGGCUGAUAAAGACUCCAUCAUCCAUGCUUUUAUUUCCACUCCCUGCCUUGAGAGGAUUUGCUAGCUACUGUUGGUGUUGUGUUUGACCAAAGCCAAAACCUGAUAAUGUGGCUAGGUGCUUAAGGUACACCCCACAAUCCAUUGCAGCUCAAAGUUUACACUGUGUAACCAUCUUUCAUCACUGGUCAGACCUGCUCUCCGCUUCAGCCUAGUUCAAACCAUAUUACUAACAUGAGGGUUACAUUUUGAGCAGGAGAGAGGUGGAUUUGGGUUACAGCUAGAUUGGAAAUGUUAACAUUGCAUCAAUGUUUAUGUGUUGAUCAUUCCCUUAUGGAAAUGCUCUGUUGGAAAUAACCAAAAUGUGAACUUCUCUUGGUAGAUUCCUGCUUAGUGAAGCAGCCACUUGUUAACUAUGUAUAUUAUAUAUAGACCUCAAUGUGCCAGUAAGCUGGCCCUGUCUAUUACUGAUGGACUGACUUGUUGGCUGGUGAAAUCAUGAUUAUAUCGACAGGUCAGAUUGAUGUCUACACUUCUAGAUAUUACACACUUGCUGUUUCUUUGAUUUCCUUUUUAAAUGGUUGUAUUUGACUUUAGGGUUAUGUGGUAUUUUCAGAUAUGUGAAUGGUUGAGGUUCUUUUCACUGGGUGGCUGGUUAAACUCCACCAAAUCAAAAUCAAAGACAUCAAACAUCAGGUGUUUCCAUUACAAUGAGCUCUGGUUCUUUGUAGCUUCCUAACUAAUAAUGCAGUUACACUGAUUGGCUGUGACUUUAUUCAGCCUAUUCAAGUUUUACUGACAGAAGUUUGGUACUUGUAUGGUAUUAUUAUGGAUAACUGUGAUGAGUACAUCCACUUCUCUGUAUAGUUUACACAUUGGGUAUUAGGGGUGAGGAAAAAAAUUGGUUCCCUCCCCUAUUGUGGUAAUGGAUUCGGCGAUGUUGCUGUGUUUUUUUUUUUUUUUUUGGGCAAAAGUGCCUACUGCCAACUUGCCUCAUCAUCGUAGCUAUAUAAUCCAGAAUAAUGAUGCAGGCGGUCACAUUAGACUGAAUUUUGCAUAUAUUACGUAUGAAGACAAGUUGUAGCUGUAUAGUAACUCUGUUAAAGGGGCAUUUAGUAAAUAUGGCUUUGUAUGUUUCUACAAAGCCAUGAAAGCCGUGAACAAGACCACCCACUGCUACCAAGAAUUGAGUCAUUGGUGUUAAUCACCUUGUCAAUCCCAAGCACACACUGGCUCAUUUUAUGGCAGCUGUCUGCUCGGGCAUGGUAAAAGUCUUACUUCAUGCACAUGUAACAAUGGAAGUCAGCAGGGGAACAGUGAAGCAAAGUGAACAGUGUGUGUCAGGCUUACCUCAUAGCCUCUGCUCUUAGACGUUCUCCUAUGCAGUGGGAUAAGAGUUCACAAUUGUUUAAAAUGAGAGAUGGAGACUGAAAAUCCUGCCAUCUCUCACCAAAACUUCCUGAGGCCAGCCUAAUUCUACCUCACCCCAUCAAGUCGUAACUGGACCAACUAUAUUAUUAUCCUCAGAUACACAGAUUUAUCAUCUGCUGCUAAGAGAGCCUCCACUUUGCCGUUAAAUGACAGUGACUGUCUUUGCUUGGUGACUCUUUCAUUUUAGUGAAAUUUGUUUUGGCAUGAUUAGCAUUCUUUUUUCCACUCUGUGUAGUACCAGUGACCACAAGCCAGCUUCUCAGCUUACCUUUACAGUAGCAGUGUCUAUGAGACUUUAUUAGAAAUGCUAACAGCGAAGCUUUCCAUGCUAGACAUCUAUUUUUUAGCAUUUCACAUUCCACACAUUAGGAGGGUGCAGUACCCAAUGAAGAACAGACUAAAGCUCAUCCUUUUAGUUACCUUUGCUGACACGUCUGUCAAGCUUUCCAUGCUCACAUAGCACAUUUGGAAUUUACAAUGAAAAUGGUAGAUUUACCACUUGAAAUUCUUUGUAAAAAUUUUGACAGCAGUAAUGACAACUGUCACUGGCAGAUUUUAUGGGCUGUGACUAGCUAUCUAAUCAAGCUAAUAUAAGCUCCAUGAGUUCAUUAAGAAUACUAUCUUCAACUGACUUUUAAUUUUCUCCACAUAACUUAUUUUAAUACAAGUAUCCCUGUGAAAGGGGUCUUAAGUAUACACUUGACAGCUACAUACAUACAUGUCAUGCUUAAAGACUGAUGCUAAAGCUACAUGUCCCAGGAAAAAAAGUCCUUACUAGUUAAUUAUCCAUGUUUAAGCUAUGGAAAUAAAGGAGCAGAAAUGUUCAUGUAUUGCUGUGUAGAGCCAGUUAGUCACAGUGUUGGAAAUAUGAUAAGGAAAAAUAUAUUAUCAGACAGUUUUUCAUUCUAAUAGUCCUUGAUUUGCUGCUUAGUUUAAGUUACAUCCUUGUAUGUCUUUUAAAACAGUCUGUUCUGUAGCUUUCAUGAAGUGUUUGGCAAAAAUAAGGCCUCACUGGCUAAUGUUGCUGAAUGGUGAGUUUAAGGCUGUAUUAGUAAAUCUAACACUCUAGACUAAAAUGAGAGUGCUGCUGUCCAUAUAAAUUAAACAUACUAUUUCUAUAUGAAUCAAAAAUGUUAAAAAUAUUAACUGCACUUGGCGCUUUGCUGCCCUGUCUCUUCAGACAGAGUGUUCCAAAGUACGCUCUGCCACUACAAGAGUGUGGUGCUCUGAAUAACUGAAUGGUGUAUUCCAGCAGUGCUCCAAAUGUACAAAUUGUCCAGUCUGUGCCAUAGAGCGCUCUGCUGCUCCGAGAGUGUGGUACUCUGAACAAGUGAAUGGUGUAUACCAGUAGUACUCCAAAUUUACUAAAGGUCCAGUUUGUGCCAGAAUACGCUCUACCGUUCCAAGAGUGUGGUGCUCUAAAUAACCAAAUGAUGUAAUUUCAAAAGUGCUCCAAAUUUACAAAUGGUCCAUCUUUUGCCAGAAUGCCCUCUUGCACUUGGAGUGCAAACUUUCCCAAAUUCAGCAUAGACCAGGACAGAGACUACUAACGCUAGCUAACUCUGAUAGCAUCCAAGAUUAGCUUCCCUCCAGCAGGGAAAUGCUACACAUUUAAUAGUCUAGUUGUAAACAAGAUUUUUUUUUUUUUUUUUACUAACCCUGCCAACUAAUGUAGUCAGUGAUAUGCUCUUUUGCCUUGGAAGUAAAGCGCCAUUACCAUCCUAUGUUAGGUUGUAAGCUAGUUAGCUGGACAUGCGAACAGUUAACAGCCAACAAUUGUAGUUUAAUGUAUUCCUAGCACUUUUGUUCUUUUUUGUGGUUUAAAAAGACUAAAGAAAAUUACAUCAUUCUCCAAACAGCACGACAUGGAGAAAUAUUCCAAAGUGGGAAGGGCCUAAUUUGCCAAUUACAAAUCAUUUUGCCAGUUACAAUCACAAAGCCAUGAUUGGACAAUGUACAAUCACUGUUAAGUGGUCAGCAAAAGUUACUUAAAAUGCAUAAUAUCUGCUUUUGGUAGUAUUAGAUAAUACUGUAUGGAAACAUUUUAGUGGAUACUUGUUUGUUUGCCACAAAAUCUAUGACUCCAUUCCCAGUGUGACUGACAAGAGAAAAUUGUGCAACCACCACAAAGGCUGACCAUGCAUGUUCAUUCCUGUUCAUUUGUAGCAUCAUGUAUCAGGAUAUAGUCCCUGUCCAACUGAGCACUGGGAUUUAGUGUGGAAGCCACCAAGUGACACUUGUGAAGUGUACAGUAGGCAUUACCUCAGACUUCUUGCAAGAAUGGCCACACUGUGAUCUACAGUGUACACAGAGUUUAGGGAAUUAAGCUGGAUCACAAAAAUAAACACCACAAUAGUCACCUGAUACUGGAAGCAUCCAGAGGUGUUUGAAUGUCUACUUUGGCACUUUUGAUCUGAGGACCAGAAAAAAAAAAGAAAAGAAGAAUAUACCGUGUACUGGAGUAUUUUCAUGUGUAAACAUUUGAUGGGUUAUUGAACUUUGACUGUUGUAUAAAUGUUAGUUUUAUUUACGUACAAGUGUAUUUUAUUGUAUAUUUCAUUGUUAUAUUUCCUUUGGAAUGUGUUUAACCUAUAGUUUUCAAUGUAUUUUGAGAAUGGACUAUAGUGGAGGACUAUUCAAAUUUAAAGUGAUUUUGCUACAUCUUUGCUACAUCCACCGUGUAGCAAUAGUCUUUACUGUGUCUUACUGAGUCUUUUUUUUUCAAUACCUUCAAGUGGCUCUAUCUUCUACCUAACAUGAAUUUGUAUUCAUUUAGUUUUCUUUUAUGACUGAAAUGUAUUUGGCCUGUGCUUUCAUUUCAUUUUAUUUCUGUCUCAAUAUUGUUGUUCUUUUCCAUUAUUAUUUUUAUGUUUUUUGUAGAAAAAAAUGGACACCAUGAUCUGCAACCAGUACUUUCCAUAAAUGUUACUUACCUUCAGUAUUGCAUAUAUUUGACUAUACGAACUGAAAUUUUGAUAUAAUUGGUUCUUCCAAUAAAAUUGUAAUUUGUCCCCAGUAGAGAACAAGAGAAGAGAAUGAACACCCUCACUUAUGUUUAUAAAUGUAAUAUAAUGUAUGUAAAAUUCACUAACAUAAAUAUAGAGGGCCAUGCUAAAAUUAUCCACAUAUAAAGAAUGACAAACUUGUACCUUAUCAUUCUUAUGAAUGUACAUUGUGUUAAUGUAAUACUUAUUUUCUGUCAAAGAAACAUUGUUCUUUGAUAGCACCCACAACUGCACUAUUGUGUGACUCACAAUGGUAACCUUUGCUAUCUAUGCAGCUAUAUUGAAUGCAUACAUACUCAUUAAGAUGUACUUUGUCAUUAAAAUAUUAUGAGUGAACUGCUGCAGCAUAGAAAUGACCUUGUGGCUGUAAAUUUACUUUUCUGCUUUGCACAAAUAAAAAUUAAAGA